AUGAUUGUUCCCAAUGAAUAUGUAUGUCCAAUUACAGGGCGUACGCACACAAUUGUAUACAAGAACCAAAAUAAAGAUAAGCUUAUCAAUUACUGCAAUUCAGUCAUUUUCAACUUGAAUAAUCAUAUAAAGAGUUCAUAUUUCUUUACUGUUGACACUGAAGGUAAAAUCAAUGAAAUAGAACUAUGUGAUGUAUUCGUUCUACAAUUUGCAGAGUGUUUUGCAAAUAAAAAAGACUUUAUUCGAUAUAAAAUUACGGGAAAAAGAAAUGAAACCAUUGAUCUACAAGACGGAUUCAUCAUAAUUGAUCCAGAUGACGAUGUGAAGAAAGCAUUAAGAUCGGUAUUCACAAAUUAUUAUGUUUAUACGAUUUUCUUUGAUAUUGUUCGCGAUGUUCUUGGCUUAAUGAAGCUUGGAAUUCCUGUUAAUGGAUUGCCAGAUAAGAAUGGAGUUGUCAAAUGUCACACAGUUAUAGAUACUCAGUACAGAUCAAAUUCAGGAAUUCCAUUUUUCUGCUCAACAUUAAGUCUUAAAGAUACAAUUAAUCAAAUUGAUUUUCCCUGCAAACAAUUAGCUGCAGCUAAAGAGCAAUUAGAAUUAAAGUCAUCAAUUGAUUUUCCGAGAUUGAUUUAUGAAAACCAAGGUAAAAGUAAUUCCGAAAUUGUUCCGAUUUAUAUCGAUUUAAUUCCUUAUAUUUCAAAUGAUAUUGCAUUAACAGCUUUGUCAUUGCUUGCUUAUAUCAGAGAAAACAGCCCAAUAAUCGAAACUCAUAGCACGCAAGCCAAGCAAUUGACAAAACUUUGGAAGGAAGACAAACAAAUACGAAUAAAAUACGGAAGUGCAGCCUUUCUUAAGGAGUUACAUAACUCACAACAUAUUUUGGAUAAUCCAGAGAAGAAUUUGUUUUCAACAUAUAUUUGUGCAUUUAAACUUCACAAGUAUGCUUAUGCAAUCAAAAAAGCAGAUGAUAACUAUCCUUUUAGAUCUAAAGACUUAGUCAAGUUUUGCAAGGCAGCACAAUCACGUAUUGAUGGAAAGAAAAAUGUUAAAUUCCCUUCAAAACAAAAUGUAUAUGAAAAUUUAGUCAAAAAAGGUCUGAAGAAAUAUAACAUUCAUGGAGAACUUGAAAAAAUACUUCUUAACGAAUAUGAGCAGCAUAAAGAUGAAAGUGAAUAUCAAACAAAGGAUGUAUUUAAGACUCUCGGCCAAUGCCUUCAUCCUUAUUUCAGUGAAUUUUUGGAAUAUCAUUUUAAACGAUGGCCUCAGUUCAUGAACAAACGAUACUAA